GGAGGUUGAGGGGGAGUGUGAGGUGUCGGUCCCCGAGCGGGCGCCAUGCAGUCCCUGAACAUCACCCCGGAGCAGUUCGCGCAGCUCCUGCGGGACAACAACGUGACGCGGGAGCAGUUCAUUGCUCUCUACGGGCUGCAGCCUCUGGUGUACAUCCCGGAGCUGCCGGGGCGCACCAAGGUGGCCUUCGUCCUCAUCUGCGUUCUCAUCUUCGUCCUGGCGCUCUUCGGCAACUGCCUGGUGCUCUACGUAGUGACCCGCAGCAAAGCCAUGAGGACCGUCACCAACAUCUUCAUCUGUUCCCUGGCGCUCAGCGACCUCCUCAUCGCCUUCUUCUGCGUGCCCUUUACCAUGCUGCAGAACAUCUCCUCCAACUGGCUCGGCGGUGCCUUCGCUUGCAAGAUGGUGCCGUUUGUUCAGUCCACUGCUAUUGUAACUGAGAUUCUUACAAUGACCUGCAUUGCUGUGGAAAGACACCAGGGAAUUGUGCAUCCCCUAAAAAUGAAGUGGCAGUACACCAAUAAAAGAGCUUUCACAAUGCUUGGUGUAGUGUGGUUGCUGGCUCUUAUCGUUGGGUCGCCCAUGUGGUACGUGCAACGGCUUGAGGUUAAAUAUGACUUUCUAUAUGAAAAAGUGCAUGUUUGUUGCUUGGAAGAAUGGGCCAGUCCCAUUUAUCAGAAGAUCUAUACAACCUUCAUUCUUGUUAUACUCUUCCUUCUUCCACUGAUGCUGAUGCUUUUAUUGUACACUAAAAUUGGCUAUGAACUCUGGAUUAAGAAACGAGUGGGAGACGCUUCAGUUCUUCAAACCAUUCAUGGGAGCGAAAUGUCUAAAAUAUCAAGGAAGAAGAAGCGAGCAAUUGUUAUGAUGGUGACAGUGGUGUUUCUCUUUGCAGUCUGUUGGGCUCCUUUCCAUGUGAUUCACAUGAUGAUGGAAUACAGUAAUUUUGAGGAGAAGUAUGAUGAUGUGACAAUCAAAAUGAUCUUUGCAAUUGUCCAGAUCAUAGGGUUCUUCAAUUCUAUUUGCAACCCUAUUGUGUACGCUUUCAUGAAUGAGAACUUCAAGAAAAAUUUUCUGUCUGCUCUCUGCUUCUGCAUUGUGAAAGACAACACAUCCCCAAGCAGGCAAGUUGGGAACUCGGGAAUUACCAUGAGGAGGCAAAAGCCAAGUGCAUCUCAGAGAGAUCCCCUGGAUUCAGAUGAAGGCAGGAGGGAGGCAUUCAGUGAUGGCAACAUCGAGGUCAAGUUCUGUGAUCAGCCAGCUUCCAAAAGGAAUUUGAAAAGGCACCUGGUCCUGUUCAGCUCUGAGCUUACUGUGCACUCUGCAGUAGGAAAUGGACAGUAGCAUCACAAGGGUUUUGGGAAUGGAGAAGUCUUUUCAAUAAGCCAUUUAAGAGUUAAAAGAGUUUGCUACUUUGCAUGCUGAAAUGAAGGGAGAAAAUGUAUGGACUCUGAUAAUGUUGCGAUAGUGGCUGAGAAAAUGUAAAAUUUAUUUUAUAAUAAUGAGGAGUAAAACUUUGGAAAACAA